AAAGGACGCCGGCUCGCCGCGCCGAGCUGGGAAGCCUCGCCGCCUCGCCCCCGGCCCGGGAAGGGCAUGGCCCCGGCGGACCCCCGGCGGUGAGUCAGGGCGCCCCGCUCCCGUGUGUCGCGGCUUCCGGAGGACAGGUGUCCAGGGAUAACGAAUCAGGACAAGAUGCCAUCAUCCCGGGCGCGGUGGCCAGCCCUGUCCGUGGUGCUGAUUCUGCUCUGGGGUCAUCCACCAGCCGCGCUCGCCUGCCCUCACCCGUGCGCCUGCUACGUCCCCAGCGAGGUCCACUGCACAUUUCGGUCCCUGGCUUCUGUGCCCGCUGGCAUCUCUAAACAUGUGGAAAGAAUCAAUCUGGGAUUUAAUAGUAUACAGGCUUUGUCGGAAACCUCAUUUGCGGGACUGAGCAAGUUGGAGCUGCUUAUGAUUCAUGGCAACGACAUCCCCAGCAUCCCCGACGGGGCUUUAAGAGACCUCAGCUCUCUCCAGGUUUUCAAGUUCAGCUACAAUAAGCUUCGUGUGAUCACGGCUCAGACCCUGCAGGGGCUGUGGAGCUUGACGAGGGUGCACAUUGACCACAACAAGAUCGAAUUCAUCCACCCACAAGCUUUCAAUGGCCUAACCUCCCUAAGGCUGCUCCACUUAGAAGGAAACAAGUUGCAGCAGCUACACCCUGGCACGUUCUCCACGUUCACGUUUCUGGAUUAUUUCAGACUCUCCACCAUCAGACACCUCUACCUAGCGGACAACAUGAUUACGACUCUCCCCACGGGGAUGCUUCAGAACAUGCCUCUUCUGGAGAAUCUUUACCUGCAUGGGAAUCCGUGGUCGUGUGACUGCAAGAUGAAGGGGUUUCUGGAAUGGGACGCCAGAUCCAAAGGGACUCUGAAGUGCAAAAAGGACAAAGCCUAUGAAGGUGGUCAGCUAUGUGCCACGUGCUCCAGUCCCCGAAGAUUGUACAAGCAAGAGAUUCACAAGUUGAAGGACAUUACUUGUCUCAAGCCUUCCAUAGAGUCCCCUCUGAGACAGAACAUGACCAGGAACAGCGAGGAAGACCAGGAACAAGAAGAAGACGGUGACGGCCAGCUGUCUCUGGAGAGGUUCCAAUUCCACCCAUGGAACAUCUCUUUGAAUAUGACCGACGAGCACGGGAACACAGUGAACUUGGUCUGUGACAUUAAGAAGCCAACGGACGUGUACAAAAUCCACCUGAACCAGACAGAUCCCCAAGAGAUUGAUAUAAAUGCAACGGUUGCUUUGGACUUUGAGUGUCCCAUGACUCGGGAAAACUAUGAGAAGCUGUGGAAACUGAUUGCGUAUUACAGUGAGGUCCCUGUGAGGCUAAACCGAGAGCUCAUGCUCGGCAAAGACCCCAAGGUCAGCUACCAGUACAGGCAAGACGCCGAUGACGAUGCCCUUUACUACACGGGUGUCAGAGCCCACGUUCUUGCAGAACCAGAAUGGGUCAUGCAGCCGUCCAUAGACAUCCAACUCAACCGACGUCAGAGUACGGCCAAAAAGGUGCUGCUCUCCUAUCAUUCCCACUAUUCGUUAACAAUGCCCGCCAAAGAGGCAAGGCAGUCUCGGAGCAGAAGCUGGGUCAUGAUCGAACCCAGCCGAGCAGUGCACACAGCCCAGAUCGUCUUGGAAGGGGAUCCGUGCCAGCUAAGCUGUAACGUGAAGGCUUCUGAGAGUCCAUCCAUCUCCUGGGUGCUCCCGGAUGGCUCCGUGCUGAAAGCACCCAUGGAGGACCAGCAUGGCAAGUUCUCCAUCGUCACCAGCGGCUGGCUGAGGAUCAGAUCAACAGAGCAGUCAGACUCGGGUUUGUACCAGUGCAUCGCCCAGGUGAGGGAUGAAAUGGACCAGAUGGUGUACAGGGUCUUUGUGCAGCCACCUGCCACUCAGCCUCCCGACGGACAUACGCUGACAAUUCCAAAGAACGUAGGGGAGCCUGUGAUGCUGCCUUGCAGUGCGCUGGCCAUACCCGAAGCCCAGCUCAGUUGGAUCCUUCCCAACAAAAGGAUAAUAAACAAUCUGGCUAACACGUCACAUGCAUCCGUGUUGGCAAACGGAACUCUUUCCAUCCCAAAGGUCCAAGUCAGUGAUGGCGGUUACUACAGAUGUGUGGCUGUCAACCGGCAAGGGGCAGAUCAUUUUACUGUGGGGGUCACCGUGAGUAGGAAAGGGUCUGGCCGGUCAUCCAAAAAAGGCAGACACCCAGCUGGGAAGACUCUUUCCAGAGUGCCAGGAGAUGUCAUAGAGGACGAAGGUGGUUCAGGCGUAGGAGACGGACAGAGCACUUCAAGGAGGUUCCUACAUGCAAAGGACCAAGAGGAGCUCCUCAAAACAAAGGACGAUGCCGUCGCUGGAGGUAAGAAAACCAAGAAAGGGCGAAGAAAACUCAAACCCUGGAAGAAUUCUGAAAAAGAACCAGAGACGAACAUCGCAGAAGGUCGCAGAGUGUUUGAGUCCAGACGAAGGAUAAAUAUGGCAAACAAACAGAUUAAUCCAGAGCACUGGGCAGACAUUUUAGCCAGAGUACGUGGGAAAAAUCUCCCUAAGGGAACCGAAAUACCCCGGGUCAUUAAAACCACCACUCCCCCAUCCGUGGGUCCGGAGGUGACGCCCCUUCUGCCUGCCGUCCCUCCCCCGUCGGUAGGGGAGGAGGGUCCUGCACGGACCACAACCAGUGCUGAAGAAACCUCGGCAGAUGCAUUUCCAUUUGGGGAGGACGAUCAGGUUUCCGGCACUGUGUCCUCAACCAGGAUGGGACCGGACAGUGGACACGAUGGAGUGAUUCUCGCUGAACCCAAAGUGACAAGCACGCAUCUGGAAGAAUUUAUUGACCAUGACUUUUCUAAGACUGAGGAUACAACUCCCACUCAAGUUGACCCAAAGUGGGCUACCGCCAAUGUACUGAUAUCCAUCCCUUAUGAAUCUUCUCCUACUCUCCAGACCCUGCACACGGUCUACGAAGAGCCCACCAGUGAAAACACAGGCACAGAGAGCUGGCCUGCAGGAGAUGUUGGGUCCGUGCCAGAGCCUACAUCAAAUGGGUAUGAGUCUCCACUGGGUGCCAUCGCCUUGGCUGAGUCUGAGACUGUGUCCUACAUUUACCCAGAUGUGGAGGCUGACUCACAGCCAGAUGAAGAGAACAGGAAAGAAUUGACUUUCGAUCACUUUACGCCAACCCCCAUCUUGUGGGUUGAUGACUCCAGGACAUCUGAGCCAUUAGAUAGUGUCCCAUUAGGGGAGCCAGCUGUCCAACGACAAGGACAUCCACGGAGACAAACAGACAACACCCAGCUUGUGAAAGGUGCUUCAAGCACUCAGGGAAACCCGCUGAUUGAAAAGGGCACAGAGGAGAAUUCUCAGACACCGCAGGAAGGAGAUAUGCCCGAGAGAGACCCCACAAACUCCGGAGAUCCUAAGAGUAUGGGAAAGCGAGUCAAAUCUACCCCUCCGCUGGACUCUGCCCCCGGAGUGAUGAAUGGCAUCACUCCCUCGGAACAUCCCAGCGACACCACACUGGGUGCUCUCUUUGACAAGGACCCCACCACGGUAACAGCAGCGAUGCCAACCAAAAAGGCCACUUCAGCCUGGGGGCUGGCCACUCACCCUUCUCGAAAGAGACCCAACGGGAGGAAGAGAUUACGUGCCCACAGAUUCCGACACAGGCAUAAACAAACCCCGUCCACGACUUUUGCCCCGACGGAGACUUUUUCUACUCCACCUACUCAAGUACCUGAGGCGAAGGUUCCAGAGCACGUGGAGAGUUCACCAGUGCCGACAUCUUGGAUUGGCCGCACAGUUGGGGUCCCCAAGCAGGUGCAAAUGGAGAAGCAGGCAGAACCAGUACCCAAAGGAACCCCAAGAAGGAAACACGGGAAGAGGCCAAAUAAACAUUGGCAUUCCACUUCUACAGCGAGCUUUCCCACGUCUGCCUUGACACCCAGCCCUUCCCCAGAAAACAAGCAUAAACAUGUCAUUGUCCCCAGUCCAGAAACUCCACUCUUAUCUACAACCAUUUCUCUGACAACUGGGGACCCACGUGAGAGGACUACCAUGGAAGAUUCUAUGACAACCACCGCAAAAAGACACUUGUCAUCCAAUAAACUCCAGGAGACCAUUCCAGUCACCUAUAAACCUAUAUCGGAUGGAAAGGAAAUGACGAAUUAUGGUGUCACAAACAUCAGUGAGCAUAAAACGGACAGCCCAGUCCCUGACGGCCCCUCGAGUAAUGCUGCGUCACCUUCUGGCUCUGAGGUCUCCACUGUGGGAGACUUUCAGGAGGAAUCUGCUCCGUCUAGCUUUCCCGGAACCUCACACUGGAAUCCCCCAGGGACAGCCCGGCCUGGGAAGCCACAGACAGACAUACCUGUUACCAGCUCUGUGGAAACCCUUACAAACUCACCCUUUCUGAAACGGUCGGAGGAUAUGGGUUUUCCUUCCGAGUUCCCUCCGUCAGUCGCAGCAUCUACACUGUUUCAACUAGAAGAAGCAGUUGUCUCAACCCCUCUCUUGAGCACAAAAGUAGAGCCAUCUUCACCUGAGGCAGAAACCACCACCGGUGCUCAUGAUCAUCGUGAAACCACUCCAGCUGCAAUCACACCUUGGAAUCCUGCCUCGACUCCUGCCCCAGCGGAGGGGACUGCGUCCCCAUUCCUGGCCACCACUCUUGGGUCCUUGGCACAGACCUUCACGGAGCCCACCUCUCUUUCUUCAAGGACACCACCGUUAACAGAUUCCAAGGAAAACGUUUUCUUGAAUUACGUGGGGAUGCCAGAAACCAAAGCAGCCCCGGUGAAUAACGGGGGGACUCAGCAUGUAUUGAGGCCACAUGAUUUAUCCACCCCUUCUUCCAACCAGAAUAAAUUUAACUUAACUCCAAAGCAAGAGUUGGGGAAGGAAACAUUUGAUGGAAAGACCCAAAACAGUCUUCCACAUGGCCCCGACGGUAAGGCUGGGAGAGUCCAACUUUUCCACCAGCCAGCCAGAGUUCCUGCCAAACCAAUCCCACCGAGGGGAACGGUGAGGCCACCACAUGUGGCCACAGAAGGCUCCUUUAGGUACUUUGUAACUCUCCAGCCCCCUCGUCACUUGACCAACAAACCAGAAAUAACGGCGUACCCUUCAAGGGCUUUGCCAGAAAAUAAGCACUUUACGACUCCGAGAUCACCAAGUACGACAAGUCCCAUGGUUUCAGUGCAGAAGCCCAAACCUCGCCUUCCUAGUAAGUUCACCGACCAAGGAAUGGACCGGUUCAGUACCAACCCCAAAGUGUUUGGGAAUAACAACAUCCCGGAUCUAAGAGAACCUGGUGGCAAGCUUCCAAGCUCAAGCGUACCCCAUUAUCCCAAUGGAAGAUUCCCUUUCUUUUUCAACAGGACUCUCUCUUUCCCACAGUUGGGAGUUACUCUCAAGCCCCAGACGCCUACACCCCCUGCCCCCGGCGUAAGAGAGAAAAAAGUCAACCCAGGUCCCUACAAUAGGAUACAUUCCCAGAGCAUCAUCCACAUGGACUUUGGUCCCCCCGCACCUCCAUUAUUGCACCCUCCCCGGGCCACGGGGCCGCCCUCAACAAAUGCACAAAACAUCCCUGUGGUCUACUCCACCCGGAGCUCCGUCCCCAACGUGGUGUCUUCUGGCCAGCCUUCCAGAAGCUUCCAUCAGACCAGCUCCAAGCUGUUCUCUGCUGGAGGACCACCUGCAUCCAAAUUCUGGACGCAUGGGGAAAAGCCCCAAAUUAUCACCAAAUCCCCUCAGACUGUGUCUGUCACCGCAGAGACAGAUGCUAUGUUCCCAUGUGAGGCAACGGGGAAACCCACACCUUUCAUUACCUGGACAAAGGUUUCCACAGGUGCCCUGAUGACCCCCAACACCAGGCUCCAGCGUUUCGAGGUCUUGCAGAACGGCACCUUUGUCAUCCGGAAGGUACAGGUGCAGGACCGUGGCCAGUACAUGUGCACGGCCAAGAACCUACACGGGGCGGACAGGAUGGUGGUCCUGCUGUCUGUCACCGUGCAGCAGCCCCAAAUCCUAGCCUCCCACUACCAGGACGUCACCGUGUACCUGGGAGACACCAUUGCCAUGGAGUGUCUGGCCAAGGGAACCCCGGCGCCCCAAAUCUCCUGGAUUUUCCCGGACAGGAGGGUGUGGCAGACCGUGUCCCCCGUGGAGGGCAGGGUCACGCUGCACGAAAACAGGACCCUGUCCAUCAAAGAGGCCUCUUUCUCGGACAGAGGCGUCUACAAGUGCGUGGCCAGCAACGCGGCGGGCGCGGACAGCCUGGCCAUCCGGCUGCACGUGGCGGCCCUGCCACCCGUCAUCCACCAGGAGAAGCUGGAGAACAUCUCGCUGCCCCCGGGGCUCAGCAUCCACAUCCACUGCACGGCCAAGGCCGCGCCCCUGCCCAGCGUGCGCUGGGUGCUGUGGGACGGGACCCAGAUCCGGCCGUCGCAGUUCAUCAACGGGAACCUGUUCGUCUUCCCCAACGGCACGCUCUACAUCCGCAACCUGGCGCCCAAGGACAGCGGCCGCUACGAGUGCGUGGCCGCCAACGUGGUGGGCUCUGCGCGCAGGGUCGUGCAGCUGACGGUGCAGCGCGCGGCGGCCAACGCGCGCAUCACCGGGACUUCCCCGCAGAGCACCGACGUGCGCUACGGCGCGACCCUCCGCCUGGACUGCAGCGCGUCCGGGGACCCCUGGCCUCGCAUCCUCUGGCGCCUGCCGUCCAAGCGCAUGAUGGACUCGCUGUUCAGCUUUGACACCAGAAUCAAGGUGUUUGCCAACGGGACCCUGGUGGUGAAGUCUGUCACGGACAAGGAUGCGGGGGAUUACCUGUGUGUUGCCCGGAAUAAGGUUGGCGACGACUUUGUCGUGCUCAAGGUGAAUGUGGUCAUGAGACCGGCCAAGAUCGAGCACAAGGAGGAGAAUGACCACAAGGUCUUCUACGGUGGUGACCUGAAGGUGGACUGUGUGGCUACCGGGCUUCCCAACCCCGAGAUCUCCUGGAGCCUCCCGGAUGGCAGCCUGGUCAACUCCUUCAUGCAGUCUGACGACGGCGGUGGCCGCACCAAGCGCUACGUGGUUUUCAACAACGGGACCCUCUACUUCAACGAAGUCGGCAUGCGGGAGGAAGGGGAUUACACCUGCUUUGCCGAAAACCAGGUUGGGAAGGAUGAGAUGACGGUGCGAGUGAAGGUGGUGACCGAGCCCGCCGCCAUCCGGAACAAGACGUACGCCGUGGUUCAGGUGCCCUAUGGCGACGUGGUCACCGUGGCGUGCGAGGCCAAAGGGGAGCCCACGCCCAGGGUGACGUGGCUCUCUCCAGCCAACAGGCUGAUCCCCGCCUCCUCCGAUAAGUACCACAUAUACCAGGAUGGCACUCUUCUCAUCCAGAAAGCCCAGCGCUCAGACAGCGGCAAUUACACCUGCGUGGUCAGGAACAGCGCCGGGGAGGACCGGAAAACGGUCUGGAUCCACGUCAACGUCCGGUCGCCCACCAUCAACGGGAACCCCAACGCCAUCACCACGGUGCGGGAGAUCGCGGCCGGGGGGAGUCGCAAACUCAUUGACUGCCAGGCGGAAGGCAUCCCCACUCCGAGGGUCUUGUGGGCCUUUCCCGAGGGCGUGGUUCUGCCGGCCCCUUACUAUGGGAACCGGAUCACCAUCCAUCGCAACGGCACGCUGGACAUCAGGAGUCUCAGGAAGAGCGACUCCGUGCAGCUGGCGUGCAUCGGCCGCAACGAGGGAGGGGAAGCCAGGUUGAUUGUCCAGCUCACGGUCUUGGACCCCGUGGAGAAGCCCGUCUUCCACGACCCGGUCAGCGAGAAGAUCACAGCCAUGGCUGGCCACACCAUCAGUCUCAACUGCUCGGCCGCAGGGACCCCGACGCCCACCCUGCUGUGGGUCCUUCCCAACGGGACAGAGCUCCCGAGCGGCCAACAGCUGCACAGAUUCUACCAUAAGGGUGACGGCAUGUUGCACAUCAGUGGCCUCUCCUCCGUGGACGCGGGGGCCUACCGCUGCGUGGCCCGCAACUCGGCCGGCUACACGGAGAGGCUGGUCUCUCUGAAGGUGGGACUGAAACCCGAGAUCAGUAACCAGUACCACAAUCUGGUGAGCAUCAUCAACGGGGAGACUUUGCAGCUGCACUGCACCCCUCCGGGGGGCCGGUCAGCUCGCCUCUCUUGGACGCUCCCCAACACCAUGCUGUUGGAGGGCCCCCAAACACGGGGGCGCUUUUCCCUCUGGGAAAAUGGCACCCUCACGGUGCGCGACGCCUCCGUCUUCGACAGGGGAACCUACGUGUGCAAGGUGGAUACGGAGUAUGGCCCUUCCGUCAUGAACUUUCCAGUUAUCGUGAUCGCUUACCCGCCCCGCAUCACCAGUGAGCCAACCCCCGUCAUCUACACGCGGCCCGGGAACACCAUCAAGAUAAACUGUAUGGCCAUGGGGAUUCCCAAGGCCGAGAUCACCUGGGACCUGCCGGACAAGUCGCACCUGACCGCCGGGGCGCAGGCCCGUCUCUAUGGGAACAGAUUCCUUCACCCCCAGGGCUCACUGACCAUCCAGCAGGCCACACACAGAGACGCGGGUUUCUACAAGUGCACUGCGAAAAACAUCCUAGGCACUGACUCAAAAACUACUUAUAUCCACGUCUACUGAAGUGCCUCCCCCAGAAUGCGGACUCCACACAGCCACUGCUUGGCAAGUUAGAACAAAGCCUCAUUUGUAAGGAAAGCCGCCUCAGUCAGAUGGUCAGGACUCUUAACGGAUCUGUCACGGUGCAUGGGAGCCCCCGUCUGGGUUUCAGGUUCAUGUUGACUUUGACCUACGCUUGUCGGCACAAGGAAGCAGGGCAAACACGAGAAGGAUGGUUUGGCUUCUCCAGGGACUUUCAUUCAUGUUUAUGGGAUGUCAUGUGCUCGCAGGAGCUGACUUGCACACACCACGCCAAUGCCUUACUGGGCGUCUGUAGCAGACGUAAGGAACACUCCCCGAAAAUAAACCAUAGAGAUUGCCAGUGCCUUGCUACCCCGUUGAAGAUGCAUCCCCUAGUUAACCUGCUGCAGUCUUAACAUGAUAGAGUGUUCUACGAUGACUCCCCAUCUUUCACUUAUGUCCUGUCACUUUAGAACUCCAGCUUGCCCAAGAAGGGCUUAGAAGCACAGUGACUGAUGUCUUUGUAAUGUACAAGUUUCAUACAAUAUGGCUACCAUUUUAUAUGGGACUCACUUUUUAUAUAAUGGACUCACUUUCUCCCUGGAACUCACUUUUUAUAUAAGGUCUUACCUAAAGACUUUUUUUUAUAUUUUCUUUCCAAUCAGACGAUGAGGCUAGAAAGAAAGGAACACUUUCUGUCUCAUUAAAAAUAAUAAAUUAUUGGUCUUUACAAGACUUGGACACAUGAGAGCAGGCAUGGAAAUACAAUUGGAAAAAAAAUAGCCUCCAAACCUCCUUGAGCAAAUUCAGUAACCGUGAUUAUAUUACCUUCCCCAGCAACCCUACAGUGUGGGAGGCUGGGAGAUUGGAUUUCCUUGUUUGUGGAUUUAUCUUGAGAGCUGAAGUCGGGGAGGGGGAAGGAGAGGAUAGGAGAGAGCUAAGCCGUGUCCCUGAACAAUGAAUCCAGAGCCUCCUGGAAAAGCCCGGAAAGGUGUCUCCCUCAUGCAACGCCCCGUCGGUGUGUGCUCAUGGAAGAUAGGAGACAUGUUAUCCCCAUGACUGCUUUACUGUAUUUUUAAGGUCAAUAUAAUGUACAUUUGAUAAUAAAAUGAUAUUUUCCAAAUAA